UACUAACCUGCUUGCUCUCUUAGUCCUCUAACAAGUCCUUUGCCGAGUCUCGUGGUAAACAAGUCGUGCCGAUCUCUUUUUGGUUUUUAUUAUUAUUCCAAAAUGUCGACCCUUGGCUCCGAGAAUCCUUCUUUCGUCCUUGAGGCGGUGCAAAAGGUCUCGAUGAGAAACAUCCCUGUUCCCGAAAUCACCGACCCCUACGAUGUUAUUGUCAACAUCAAACACACUGGUAUCUGCGGGUCCGAUGUCCACUACUGGCAGCGUGGCCGCAUUGGGGAUUUCGUCCUUGACUCACCUAUCGUCCUGGGCCAUGAAUCUGCCGGCACGGUCGUCUCUGUCGGAACCGCCGUUAAACACCUGAAGCCUGGCGACAAUGUUGCCAUUGAACCGGGUGUACCUUGUCGCCACUGUGACUACUGCCGCAAAGGAUCCUAUAACCUUUGCCCUGACACCGUCUUCGCUGCAACCCCGCCCCACAAUGGAACCCUCUCCAAAUACUUCAAGACUGCGGGCGACUACUGCUACCUCCUGCCAUCCCAUCUAACCCUUGAAGAUGGCGCUCUGUGCGAGCCCGUCGCAUGUGCCGUGCAGAUCUGCCGCGUCGGCGAGAUCCGGGGCGGCCAAACAGUCGUCGUCUUCGGCUGUGGUCCAAUCGGUCUUCUGGUCCAGAGCGUUGCUAAGCAGUUUGGCGCCAAAACCGUCAUCGGCAUCGACGUCAACCCCAAGCGUCUCGAAAUGGCCAGUACAAUAAUGAAGUCUGCAGAUGGUGUCUUCCAGCCUCCUGCCCUCCCUCCGAACGAACCCUACGACAUGGACAAGGACGUCCUAUUCAACGGCCAGGUUGCCAAAACUAUCAAAGAGCAAUUCAAUCUCGGCGAAGGUCCCGAUGUUGUCAUUGACGCUACUGGAGCCCAGAGCGCCAUCCAGACUGGUAUUCAACUGUGCAAAAAGGGAGGCAUGUUUGUUCAGGCCGGAAUGGGCCGAGAGAACAUUGUCUUUCCCAUCACCACUGCCUGCAUCAGGGAUUUGACCCUUCGAGGAUCAAUCCGGUACACUGCCGGUGUGUAUCCAUCUGCCAUUGACCUUGUGGCGAGCGGGAAGGUCCAGCCACAGAAGAUUGUCUCGCAUCGGUACAAGUUCGAACAAGCCGAGGAGGCUUUUGAGAAGGUGAAAAGGGGGGGUGAGGAUGUGUUGAAGGUUAUUAUUGAGGGCAUCUGAGGUGUGCUGAAUAGAAGAAUGAAAUCAAU